UUUGCACGCAUGACAGCAGGGGAGAGCCUGCCGGCUUCCUCUGCUAAACAACUGCAGUACAUCGGUACAGUCUGUUGUCUUGCAACUAAAUGUUCUCCAGCUAAGCAACGAACAGCAGGCACAGUUUAUGUUCUGGUCAAAUCAGCCUCACCCUCCAAACCCACGAAAUGCCUAUAUUUGGUCAUUUCUCAAAGGGUCUGUGGCUCAUUCCUUUGCUGUUUCUAAUAGUGGGAUGAGGGCCAUCAGCUAGUCUGGCGUUCUUGCAGAGCGCUCUACUUGGAUGGAAAGGGGAAGAAGGUGAUGAGGUAUUGGUGAGGGGGGGGAUUGCAGAGCCACAGCACUGUAAAUAUUUCCUUCCAUUGCUGGAGAAUAUAAAUAUUUAUUUACUGUGCAGGACUCUGUCUUAUGUAUUUAAAUGUGCUAAUUAUGAUUAUUCACCAGCAAUAGUUCAGCCCACACAGCAAACAUUUGUGUUUCAAAUGUUUACCUGAUAUUUCCAAGAACAAAAAAAAAAACUUAUUUGUACCCUUACAAAGGAUUAAGCUCAGUUGCUUCAUCGGUUCCAUAGGCUUUUUGUCAUCUGAUACUUAAAUUAGUAAUAAUAAUGCAGGAAAAAGAAUAAAAUACUAAAUUUGAUAUUUCAAUAUCUUGUAAAUGGUUAUCAAUAGAGUAUGUCAUCAUACUAUAGAAUAUAUGUUCCAUUGUGUCCAUAUUUUUAUUUAGUUAUAUCUACUGCAAUUUAGACAUGAGGUGUUUCUCCAGUGACCGUUUCUAUGUUGUUCCCAUAUCCACAACAUUCCAAGUCUGUACCCUGCCUAUAAACAUGGCAGGAGCCGUAUAAUAUUAAGGCUUUUAUAGAGUCAAUGCAUCAUAGUCUUAUAGCUGUAAUGCCCCUUUCUUUUCCUUUGCUGUUAGAGCAUGUUGUUGAGAAGGUCUAUACUGUAGGUCAAGGUCUUGAUUUAACUUCCUCAGGAAAUCAUGGACUCUAUAAGCUCUGAGUAGCCUGAUGCCACUGAAAUUGAAAACCAUAAAACAUAUUUUAUAUAUAUUAAUACAAAGUUGUAUGUAGGCUUUAUCCACGGCAUACAGUAUAAAGCUUGUCCUGGAAUACCACAGUAUGCAAUGAAGUCCCGUCACAUGACUUGAAGGUCAAAUUUAUAUUUCGUUUGAAUUAAAGUGGGACAAUAGCCAACAUGUAGCUUGUAGCCUCACUCCUACAUGGUUGGAGUCUGUGAGUGUAUGUGGAGCACAGGAUUCUGCCAGGGAUUGUGGAUCUGAGGGUAUUCCCUGAGUUGGACUGGAAACCCAUAAAGAGUGUCCCCUGCCUUGUGCCCUGUGUUCCUGAGAUAAACAGACUCACCCUAGAAGGUAGUUUUGGAAGAUGGAUUCAAUAGUGAGCUCUCUUCUGAAGGACUACCAUUGACUGCUUGUGAUAUCUUAUCUUCAUUGUUUCAAGAGGUUAAACACAUUUAAAGAGGUACAAUUGCGACAUUUUAUCAAAUAAUUCUACUAAUUAAUCCCUUGCUAACACAGUAAGGUGUACAUCUCUAAAUUUCCUAUAAAAGUCCUAUAAAAUGUAGAAUAUUGAAGGGUCAUAAUCUGGCAGGAACUAUACGGAGGUAAUGCUGAUAGAAUUUUAAGGUAAUGAACAUUAAGUUCAUAAAUUAAAUUAAUGAACAUUAAGUUCAUAAAUUUUUUAAUAGUAAAAUGUGCUAUAAGAGUUCAGUUCAGUUUGAUGGAUAAUCAGGCCUGGACUGGUCUGUGCCUAGGCAUGUACCUGUGGUGGACCUGUCUGAAUAAAAGUGGAUGGGAAAAGUCACGUGUCCGCAGUUUGUUCCGGAAAGGCUCUUUGCUGUGACGUUUGCUGUGACGUCAAUCAGCUACCCUUCACCGGGGAGGCCGCAGUGAGACAGCCAGAAGAAAAUGGAGGAAUACGCACGUGAACCAUGCCCUUGGAGAAUCGUGGACGAUUGCGGGGGAGCGUUCACUAUGGGGGCCAUCGGUGGCGGCAUCUUCCAGGCAGUCAAAGGCUUCAGAAAUUCACCCGUAGGAAUGAGCCACAGGUUACGAGGGAGCAUGACGGCCAUCAAGACUCGAGCUCCACAGCUUGGAGGUAGCUUUGCAGUAUGGGGUGGCCUCUUCUCUAUGAUCGAUUGUGGGCUGGUCAAGGUGCGAGGGAAGGAGGACCCCUGGAACUCUAUUACUAGUGGGGCCAUGACGGGGGCCAUUCUGGCAGCACGAAACGGGCCUCUGGCUAUGGUGGGUUCUGCUGCAGUAGGAGGCGUACUCCUGGCACUGAUCGAGGGAGCCGGAAUCCUGCUCACACGGUUCGCGUCUUCACAAUUUCCAACCGGUCCUCAGUUUGCAGAGGAGACCACGCCCAUGCCAGCCUCACCCUUUGGGGACUACAGACAGUACCAGUGAGAGGACCGCCAUUACCUCGCCCCUGCUCCCCUCUAGGCUUUUAAAAAAAUGUUUCCCCAUAAACUCAAAUCUUGGAUGCACAAGUGACACUGAAGAACUGUAGGAGGUGCUACAGUGCGAGCAUGACUACAAUGCUGCCACCUUCUGGAUACUGUGUGAUGGGACAGGUUUCAUCAUUCUCUGAGCCUCGUCUGUUGCAUGUACAAAGUUAACCUUCAAGCUGCAUUGAAACAGUAAUUCAGAUAAAUUCCCUACAAUUAAAUUAGUAACUUUAUUCUCAAGAUAUUGUAUGGAUUCAUGAUACUUCUGAUGACCAAUGUGAUGUUGGAAUACUUGACUGUUAUUUAUAUAAGUAUUCGGCGAAUGUGUGCAGGACAAACUCAAAACAGGCAUAUACUCUAUAACAGGGCCAUUCAAUGUAUCCCAGUCAUAUUCUAGAUCUGAAUAUAAAAGACUUGGUAUGUAUUGCUCAUUUGCUGUAAUGUGCUCAGUUUCUUCUCCUUGUAGUGUUACCUACAAUUUAAAUGCAGUGAUGUAGUACAGUUUGUUGCAGGUGUACAGGUUAACCCCGUAUAGCCUGUAGAUGGACAUUAUGUUGAAUUCAAGGUGACCUUUUUUUAUUUAUCAGCAGAAGGUCUUGAGCCUUGCGACAGGCCAGUUUAUGUGAAAAGUCUGAAAGGCUAAAGAAUCAAUGACUGAUUUUUCCAUGCAUAGUAUGUAUCUGUGCCAAAGGCAAAAAUGCAUACAAUGCAGCUCUUAGGACCACAUUAGGAAUCAUAAUCCUAGUAUUUGCUCAAGAUUUAUUGCAAACUGACAGUUUGGAAAUAUAUGUAUUACUGAUUGGAUAAAUGAUUAAUAAACAUUCAGAAUGCUGAUGGUA